AUGUAUUCAGCUAAUUCACCACUAACACCAUGUGCUCACUACCAGCCUGGAUUCACAGGUAAUUCACCACUAACACCAUGUGCUCACUACCAGCAUGGAUUCAUGGCUAAUUCACCACUAACAUCACGUGCUCACUACCAGCUUGUAUUCACAGCUAAUUCACCACUAACUCCAUGUGCUCACUACCAGCCUGUAUUCACAGCUAAUUCACCACUAACUCCAUGUGCUCCCUACCAGCAUGUAUUCACAGCUAAUUCACCACUAACACCAUGUGCUCACUACCAGCAUGGAUUCAUGGCUAAUUCACCACUUACACCAUGUGCUCACUACCAGCCUGGAUUCACAGCUAAUUCACCACUAACACCAUGUGCUCACUACCAGCAUGGAUUCACAUCUUACUUACCACUAACUCCAUGUGCUCACUACCAGCAUGUGUUCACGGGAAAUUCACCACUAACACCAUGUGCUCACUACCAGUCUGUAUUCACAGCUAAUUCACCACUAACUCCGAGUGCUCACUACCAGCCUGUAUUCACAGCUAAUUUACCACUAACACCAUGUGCUCACUACCAGCAUGUAUUCACAGCUAAUUCACCACUAACACCAUGUGCUCACUACCAGUCUGUAUUCACAGCUAAUUCACCACUAGCACCAUGUGCUCACUACCAGCAUGUAUUCACAGCUAAUUCACCACUAGCACCAUGUGCUCACUACAAGCCUGUAUUCACAGCUAAUUCACCACUAACACCAUGUGCUCACUACAAGCCUGUAUUCACAGCUAAUUCACCACUAACACCAUGUGCUCACUACAAGCCUGUAUUCACAGCUAAUUCACCACUAACACCAUGUGCUCACUACAAGCCUGUAUUCACAGCUAAUUCACCACUAACUCCAUGUGCUCACAACAAGCCUGUAUUCACAGCUAAUUCACCACUAACACCAUGUGCUCACUACCAGCAUGUAUUCAGCUAA